AUGCCGCCUCGCCAAAACCCCCACUCCACACCUCCAUCCACCCAAACACCCCUCUCCAAACCAGCCCAGACAAACAUCUUGAUUGUAAUUGAAUUUUUGGGACGAGUGCUGUGUGACGAGGACGGAUUGGGAGAGAGAGACGGAGAGAGAAGGGAAACUGAGGAGGAAGAUAGAGUGAUGGAAAGAUUUUAUUUAGUCAGCGGUGGAGUGCCCCUCAUCAUCUGCGGGGUCACGGCGGCCGUCAAUAUAGACAACUAUGGCAGCGGGGAGCAGGCGCCGUACUGCUGGAUGGCGUGGGAGCCCAGCCUGGGAGCCUUCUUUGGCCCCAUGAGCUUCAUCAUCCUGGUGACAUGCAUCUACUUCCUGUGCACCUUCAUCAAGCUGCGGCGACACCCCGAGAAGAAGUACGAGCUGAAGCAGCUGACGGAGGAGCAGCAGAGGCUGGCCGCCGUCGACGUGCCCACCCACUGCCACCAGGGAGCCGAGCCGGGGGCCCUGGUGGCCCCGUCCGGUGGGGGCCACUGCCCCGCUGGCUGUCCGGGGGUUCCCAUUAACCCUGCGCUGCUGGCCAAUGAGCACUCCUUUAAGGCUCAGCUACGAACGGCGGCCUUUACCCUCUUCCUGUUCCUGGCCACCUGGACGUUCGGGGCCUUGGCUGUGUCGCAGGGCCACUUCCUGGACAUGAUCUUCAGUUGCCUCUACGGUGCCUUCUCCGUCACCCUCGGCCUCUUCAUCCUCAUCCAUCACUGUGCCAAGCGCGACGAUGUUUGGCAUUGCUGGUGUUCGUGUUGUCCCGGACGAAAUGCCGAAGCCCAAGGGGCCCCUCAGGCCCGACCUAAAGUCAACGUGAACGGAGACACCCCCGGGCAUGGCCACGGUCACAGCCACUGCCACCAUGACUCUCCGUGUCACGGUAAAGCAGUGAUAACCUGCAGUCAUGGCGGUUUAGCUCACUGUAAACACGCCGCCCUCCCCUCCUUGCAGAACCAUGUGACGUGCCUGGCGCCGGUGGCUCCGUGCUGCGCGGCAAUGCACAGCCAGCAGCUGAUGGAGGAGGAGCCCGCGGCGACACACGUGCUGCUACACGCCGAUCCGGAGGGGUACCGGCCGGGGAUCCAGCUGCACCCCUGCCUAAAGAGCAGCACCAGGACUAAAAGUCGUCACUUCGGCCGCCGGUCCGGUGCUUGCGGGGCAGUGGGGGAAAAGGAGUACGCCUAUCACAUCCCCUCCAGCGCGGACGGAGUCAGCAUGCACAGCUCACACACUGACAGCCCCCACAGCACACACGAGCGCCACGCCCACACCUGUCCACACCUGGCCCAGGAAGGCCACCACGACGGGCAUCACACGUGCCACUGCGCUGCCACCGCCGCCGCCGCGCACGAGGCCCUGGUGUGCCAUAAUCCCUGCCACAGGCACAUCUGCUGCACCAAGGCUGACCUUUUCCCCUCCCUGUGCCCGGCAGAGGCGGGCGACACGGGCAUCUUCCUGUGUGGCUGCGGCAAAGUGUCUGAGCCGGACCCGAUGGCGACACAUCACCAUCUGGAGAUGCACGCCCCGCGCAGACAAUCGUUCCCUCAGAACCCGCCCAAUCAGAAUGGGAUUCUAAAGGGGGGCCUGCAAGAAGGACUCCUGUACGGCUCGGACAGCACGGGGAAUAUACGCACGGGGCCCUGGAAGAAUGAAACUACUGUGUAGUAUUGGAGAUGGGCGACUCCAUGCCCAGUCCUGCCAAAAAUAAACCCUUUCUAGAAUAAAAAAAAGAAGGAAUUUAACAUUUUAAACAUCACAAUCAGCGUGGGAUAUUUUUAUUUUAAUGUCCUCAUGUUUCUAUGUGUGCUGUUUUACUGUACAGAAAUCAUAUAAAUGCCUCCAUACACAGAACAGAUUCUCCUCCAUAACACCAUCAGAUUUAAUUGAAGGU